UGCAGCUGCCACGACUAGAAAUGACGUCAUCAAAAUGAGCCGAAAACCGCCGACCUCUCGUCAUUUCCUUUUUUAUUAGCGAUCGGGAGAAGUACCCUGGUAAAAUGGUGCCUCCUGUGCAGGUUUCUCCGCUUAUUAAGACUGCAAGGUGGUCGGCGUUGCUUGUUGGAAUCAUCUACGGCAAAAAGAGAUAUGACUACCUGAAGCCAGUUGCCGCUGAGGAGAGGAGGAUCGAGGAAGAGGAGAAGAGGAUCCGAGAGGAACAAGAGCGGAUAGCAAAGCAGCUGGCAGAGGCUAAUGAAGACACCAUUCUCAAAUGAGUGCUAAGAUGGAUAAUUUGUUUUGUGUUUGUGUAUGAAAAUAAUCAAUACUUUAUCCUUGCUGUAGUAAGGUUCAUUUCUUUCAAGCUACACAGUCUGUAAAAUAAACAUGAAAACAAAA